GGAAACCUCUCCCUAGUAUACCGCGUUUUAAAAUCGUGAGACUAACGUAACGGACUAAAGUGGACAAUAUGGUACAAGAGUCAGACAACGAGUGGUGUGCCAGCAAGUACACUAGGCUCAUAAGGAAGGUGGAUUGUGAGAUCUCACAUCCGUUGAAAAGGAGAAAAGAAGUGGAAAUAUCCCAAAUCGGUUAGAGAAGGGUAAGGAAGUGGAAAUAUCCCUCAUCAGUUGGAAAGGGGUAAGUAAGUGAAAAUAUCCACUUGAGCCUGAUGGCGAUACGUAACUUGCUAAAGCGGACAAUAUCUGCUAGCGGUGGGCUAGAGCCGUUACAGAAAAUAUCUCCGUAAAUAUAACAGGUCAAAGCAGACAAUAUCUACUAGCGGUGGAUAUGGGAAAUGUGAUAUGUACAAAACACACAUACUUGGUAGAGCAACUAUAAUUGUUUGUACAUCUGAACUUUGUCGUCAAGUUUUAGGUGAUGAACACAACUUCAAACCUAGUUUUCCUGUAAGCAUCAAUAGGUUAACCGGUAGAAAGUCACUGAUACAAGUGUUCAAGGCGGAGCACAAGCGCCUUCGGCGGCUGACGACGGCGCCGAUCAGCGGCCACGCAGCGCUGAAGAUGUACAUCAAUGGUAUUGAACACACAGUGAUGAGUGGUUUAGAGGAAUGGGCAAGCAUGAAGAACCCAAUUGAGCUAUUGUCAGAGAUGAAGAAGCUGACCUUCAAAAUAAUUUGGAACAUUUUCAUGGGUUCUUCUUUGGAGUAUUCCAUUGAUGAAAUGGUGGUUUUGUUUUCUCAAGUUGCAAUAGGCUUUAUAUCUUUACCCAUCAACUCUCCUGGCUUCAACUUCCACCAAUCACUCAAGGCUAGAAAGAAGUUGCUCAACAUACUUCAAUCCAUCAUCAACCAAAAGAGACUGGCGAAGAACAUGCAAGGAAAAAGUUGGGAAGCCAAAGAUAUGAUGGAUUUGCUUAUGGACGUGAAAGAUGAAGAUGGUGAAGAGUUGGAUGAUGAAACCAUUAUAGAUUUGAUAUUUGGUAACUUAUUUGCAGGCCAUGAAACUUCAUCUAUUACAGCAAUGUGGGCUGUUUUGUUUCUUACAAAGCAUCCACAUGUUUUUCAAAGAGCCAAGGAAGAACAAGAACAUAUCGUGACACAAAGACCCACGACUCAAAAGGGUAUAACUAUCUCGAAUAUUAAACAGAUGAAAUUUCUUUAUCAGGUCAUAGAUGAGACGCUUCGUGCUAGUGGAGUUACAUUUAUGGUUUUCCGUGAAGCAUUAGCGGAUGUCGAAAUUAAUGGUAAAAUUAUACCAAAGGGAUGGAAAGUCAUACCUUGGUUUGGAGAGCUUUUCACCGAUGAAAAAUAUUUUCCUUCCCCACAAGAGUUCAACCCUUCAAGAUGGGAUAAUUAUGUAGCCACGCCAGGAGUAUUCAUCCCUUUUGGAUCAGGAAGCAGGCAUUGCCCCGGAAGUGAUCUUGCCAAGUUCGAAGUCUCAAUUUUUCUUCAUUAUUUUCUCCUCAAUUACAAGGUUGAACUACUUAAUCCAAAUUGUAAGUUGACUUGCUUGCCAUUUCCUCAUCCCAAAGACAAAGGCUUGGCAAGAGUGUAUAAAGUUGAAUGAAAAUAUAUAUGAUUCAACUAUAUUGUAUAUUUGUGAUUGUAAAAUAAAUUGUAACAAUUUAUAUGAUUUGAACAUUACUAUAUGAAUGCUAUGAAAAAAAAAUUCUAAGCUUAA